UUUAACCUUUUCUCUAGAUGUCUUGAGCUGUCUCACACCCACUUUGAGAUCAACUACAUGCAUGUGUGUGACUUUAAAUGCCAUGGGAAAAGUGGGUCAGCCAGGGAGGCAGAGAGGGGGGAAGCACUAGUUAAAGGAGAGGCGGAACAUGGAGAGGAAUCCUCCGCAGACCUUGAACUACAGUAACAAGUGGUCACUUGAGUAAUCUGUGGUGAUUCAAAGAGAAAUAUACAUUCCCAAAAUGGCAAACCCCCCCAGAGAAGUGCUCGAGGAUGUCAAAAAACAAAGUUUCUGGAUGCCGGGGAAUUUCGUGAGAACGGUGCACCGAACUGAUCAGUCAUUUCAGGCUUGCAAUGACAUAGUGGCGUGCUUUGCGGAGAGAGCAAAGGUGGAGAAGCAGUACGCCCAGCAGCUCAGUCAGUGGAGCAACAAGUGGAAGUCAAUUGUAGAUUCACGGCCACUUUAUGGCUCCCUCAUGAGGGCGUGGCAAUGUUUCUUCACCUCCACUGAACGUUUGUCCGCCCUCCACUCCUCCAUCUCCCAGUCCCUGGUUGAGGAGGAAGGGGAGCGAGUGAAAACCUGGCAGAAAGAGACUUUCCCCAAGAAGCUCUUUUGUGGCUUCAAGGAGAGCUACGACAACAGGACAAGUUUUUCACGUGCGCAGAAACCCUGGUCCAAAAAGCUACAGAAGCUGGAGAAAGCUCGAGUUGCAUACCACAAGUCUUGUCAGAGAGAACAAGUCGCCCUUGACAAAGAGAAACAAGCAAAUGAGAACUCUGAGAUGAGUGAGGAGAAAAAGCAGAAGCACUCUGAAGCCAGAGAAAAGGCCACAGAGGAGAAGGAAAAGGCAAGAGAUCAAUACGAAAAGGGGCUGGAGGAAGUGACAUCCUAUACGCCUCGUUACAUGGAGGAGAUGGAGGCCAUUUUUGAACAGUCGCAGGAGGAAGAAGGGAAGAGAAUCAACUUUUUGAAGCAAGUCUUCCUCUCGAUCCACAGACAUCUGGACAUCACCAACAAUGAGAGUGUGAAAGCAGUUUACAGCGAGCUCCAUCAGACUCUGAUGUCUAUAGAUGAACAAGAUGAUCUGAAAUGGUGGAAGAACAAUAAUGGUCCAGGAAUGCCAACAGAUUGGCCAAAGAUUGAGGAAUGGGUCCCACCAGUAAAAAAGCUCAAGAGAAAGAAGAGAGAUCGAAAAGGAAAAGAAAGCCGACCAGUGAUGAUUGGGGGCGUUAAGGUGCGAGCUUUGUACGACUACAUUGGUGAGGAGGGCGAUGAGCUGUCCUUUAAAACAGGUGAAGUCUUCUUGAAGGUUGAGGAGGAAGAUGACCAAGGCUGGUGUCGUGGGGUGCUGAGUGGAGGGAAGGAGGGCUUCUAUCCAGCCAAUUAUGUUGAAGUCGUGGAGUGAUGUCACAUUAGCCAAUACAUGAAGUCCUGGAAUGUUUUCCCAUAAAAAAUAUGUUUUUUUAAUUUAAAAAAAUAUUAUAUUAUUGACAUGAUUGAGCAUCUAACGAGUGUUUCUGCUAAAGUUAGGCUGUAAUUGUGUCACUAUUGAACAAUAAAUGUCAAGGCCUUAAUAUUUGAAUUUAGUACUGCAGCAUGAAUUAGCUUAUUGAGGGUAUUUUUUUACUUGUGCACGUGUGUGGUUUUUGCAUGUAAAAGAAGCAAAAAAAGGAUUAAUUCACCACAACCAUCUUUACGUCCUUGUAAAGAGAAUUAAGUCAACAAUGAUAAGGUUUACAAUGUUUGCAUGGGGUGUUUAUGUUUACUUCCUCGUAUUUAAUAAAACCUCACAGACAUGAUCUUAAAAGUAUGGAUUUCCACAAUAAAAGCAUUGUUUGUUGUA